GACAUGCGUCUUUUAAUAUAGAAUACAUUUGCGUAUGUGUCCGUCUUAAAUUUUCUGUAUUAAAAGAUUAAUAAACGCUAAUUUUAUUAAAUUUUUUUAUUGUUAUUUUUUUUAUCAAACGUCAUAAUCUUCGCAGCGUCAGACAAUGAUUCGAACUACGAGUUGAUGAAUUCUCUUUUCUAUACUCUUUUUCAGUUACUGGGCGGUGCUUGCUUCAGCCACGGCCCUUACACAUUUUACAAGGCAGUGAGGAUAAGUAACGGUCGCGUUCUUCGUCUCGGUAGUUUCUUCCUGACGAAAUUAUGGAGCGAUACCGAUAUCGUCAGCAUCGGUGAACUUCAGCUACUGUGGAUGGACAGCCGUGGACCGAAUCAGCCUCUGGCGUCCUUGCGGCUCUAUUUCCUACCUGAAAACACGCCGGACGGAAGAAAGGACACGCACGGAGAGGACGAGGUGCUGACGAUUUCAGAAAAAGUAGUCGUCCGCGUGCACGACCUAGUCACAUGGCUUUCACCUACGUUGGAAUGGUCGUGGGGCCGGGAGGUGUCCUAUCCGACGAGCCCGAUGUCGUCCCCGGAGACCAGCCCGCUCCGAUACGAGAUGCCGCAGCCGCAGGUACUGACGGAUCCGGGGAUCGACUUCUCGGACGUCGAGAAACAGCAGAAGGAAUACGAAUGCAACAUCAACUCCUUGAAGAAGUCGGACAGCUUCCAGACGAAGGUGGUGGUGCUCUCGUAUCCCAGGUACUGCCGUUAUCGGGCGCUCCUACGUAGACUCGAGGGCGCCGAGCCCUCCUGGCUGUGCUCGUCCAUCGCGGCGGCGUUGGGAGGCUUCACCGCGAUGCCGGGCACCAGGGUGCUCUUCUGCAGGGACACAUUCGACUAUCCGGAUCUCGAGACUCACGAGCUGCUGUGUAAUCACUUAGCACCGAAAUUAAAAGGCAGACCGCGAAGAAAGCGUAAAAAGCGCAGCGCUUCGCCGGGUGAAUCCUCGAACGAGAGCGAAGCCUCAGUGGCUUCGACGUCGAGGAGCUCGUCGGCGAUCACCAGUACCAGCUUGGUGAUACCCACGGUCGGGAGGCCGCCCUCGUCCGCGGUACGGCGGAGCGAGAGGAAGACCAGCGCGGAAGAAAAGAAGUUUAUCACCGACGUGCAGAGUUUUAUGAACUCUCGGGGUACGCCGGUCGGAAAGAUGCCACUGCUGGGCUACAGGCAGAUCGAUCUGUUCCUGUUCUAUACGAAAGUGCAAAUGCUCGGUGGUUACGACUCCGUCAGCGCUGGCCGCCUUUGGAAGACCAUCUACGAUGAUAUCGGUGGUAACACGGGGUCCACUAGCGCGGCAACUAUUACACGUAGACACUAUGAAAGAUUAUUAUUACCUUAUGAAAGGUAUCAGCGAGGUGAAGAGACAAAAGUGAGACUGAACCACGGACGACGUACCAAGAGUAUGUCUGAGGAUUCGGACAUCAAGGAGGAACCGAGCGAUUUGUAUUUGUCAGAGACACCUCCACCUGUAGAUGCAAUUCCCGCGACUACACCGCCCUUACAACCAAUAAUGUCAGCGACAACGACCUUACUUUCGAGUGAAAAACCCAAAGCCGAAACCGGCAAGACGUCCUCGUUACGUAGCGUGCGAGUGAAGCCAGACCGCCUGAAAUCCUUGAAUACAAUAAUUGCCAAUAACGCGACACCUUCCAGCCAGCAAGCUAGCCAACUGCCAAGCCCACCGCCAUCCUCCAACACGUCUAUCUCAACGCCCAACAGCACACCCUCCACAACGCCGACGAAUGGUACCAGUAACAAUCAGAGUGUCUUGGAGAGGCAGCUCAACAGUCCUUUGAUAUCUCAACAAGUUCCACCAUCGUGUUCGCCACCAGGCUUGCCCGUGACUAGUGUAGCAACGAACGCGUCGACGGUUGUCACGCUAACGCCUCCGCCUGAGAAAGAUAUGAAGGAGAUCAAGUUGGAUCCCAAGCAGACAACUCUGCUGGCGCAGGGCAAGGAAAAUAUACCAUUGUUCGGCGGCGAGAAAUUCGCGGAGAAGACGAUGGUGCCACCGGUAUCGAGAUCGCCCGAGGUGAUCGACCUUGAAAACGAGAGCGACACGAGUCGAGACAAAAUAAUCAUUCCCAGCUUCAAGAAACGCAAGCUCGAGAUUUUGCGCGAAGGCGGUCUCGAGGUUACCGCCGUCGAUCUGGAAGCACGGCCGAGUGUGAUUCAAAGUAGUGUCAUCAUGUCGCCGCAGCAACAGCAGCAACAACUGCAGCAGCAGCAGCAGCAGCAGCAUCAUUCACCAUCCUUGCCGGCUACAAUGAAAUCCAAUGAAGAGAAGCAAUCGUCGGUCUCGCCAUAUCCGCUUCCAGUCACGCCCAAUUCCAUUCCCAAGUUGAUAUCCGUCACCGUGACGCCCGACAUAGGGCACAUGCUACCGUCGCCGCAGGAGCAUCACAAUCAUCCGCCGCGAGUGUCGGCGAUUAAGCAAUUACCGGCUCAUCAUAAUAAUAACAAUAUCAGCAUGAUGAACAAUAACAACGUGGCGAACAGUCGGAUAAUAAAUCUCGGUAGCUCGAACAACACCGCGCUGCUGCAGCUGUACGCAAACGCGAACGUCAUGCCAUCGACGAUGUCUGCGCAGCAACAAAAUCAUCGUUUCGUUCCGCCAAAUAUUCCGAAUGGCAGGUUACUGCCGCCGAAGGUGACGCAGUCGAGAUCGAUAUUUGUGCACAAUGAGAGGACGGUUUACGGAAAUCCUAAGGAUAUUAUUCUUACCUCUCCACCAAAAUAUCCUCCUCCGCAUCAAGCACAGCAGCAACAGCAACAGCAACAUCAACGCUCGCAACAUUCGCAAAUGUGCUCCAGCAACGACAUUGGACACGGAGGAGGCGUUCUCGAUUUAACGCAAAAGUCUAGCGAGAAACCGGCGUUCCCUAGGCCCAGUCUAGAAAUAGUCAGAGUACCUGUAGUGCAGAGGCCUAAUCCGUUGAAUCUGGACGUGCGGAAUUCGCCUGUGGCGAAGGACAAAUUGCCGGACAGACCCGCCGUCGACUGUCCAAAGCGAAUACCACCCUUCGGCUACCAAAGUGUAAUCGACAGUCGGACUAUUGCGUCGAACAACCUCGAGAUUACGCUAGUGAAUCCCAAGCACAAAAACAAUCAUCAUCUCAUACCACCUCACGUUCAAAUACCGAGUCCACCUAAUAAGAACAGUGCGAUAGGAACGAUAGGUAGUGCGCAAAGGAGGCAACAACAACAACCGCAGCAGCAGCAGCAGCAAAUGAAUGGAAAGUAUACGGUGAGAAGCGAGCCGGUUUCGCCGUACACCCCGAGAAAGCCGAGUCAUCCCAUCAUACCGAACAUACCCAAUUUGAAUCAUCUGAAUCACAGUGGAAGUCCGUUUCCUAGAAUGCAGGCAACGACAUUGCAACAGCAGCAGCAACAGAUGAGUAUUGAUAGGAGGAAAGCGGCUGCGGAGGCCGGCAGGGAUAAUCAACAUCGUAGGAUCAGCGAGGGCGAGAAGUCAUCUUUGGCAGCGCAACAGCAGCAGCAACAGCAUCAGGAAUCCAGGCAGGGCGAGGCCGGGCGACGACACAGUUUGCCCAGCAUACCAUCGGGAUUUGUGCCUACGGUGCCGCAAAACAAUUCCGCCGCCUAUCCGUUGCCGUCGCAACUGCCGCCGAACGCGUCCGGCAAGUUCCUACCAAUUCUGGAUCCCAUGUACUACUCCGCGUUCUACAACCCUCUGUUCCCACCGCCGAUUCCGCCCAGGGGCGCAGCUACUGCGUCGUUUUUACCGCCGGAAUUUAGCGCGUAUUACAAGGAAUUGCUCGCUUCCUCGCAAUCAAGACUGACGGGGAUGGCGGGGCAGCCGCCGCAUCAACAGCCGGCCGCCCCAACGUCUAAAUAGACAAUGGGAUCUCAACAUUUUAGGGUUUCCGGCAUAGCGAAAGAUGCUUUGACUACUAGAGAGACAAGGAUCCGUCGGACUUCUUCGCUGUCGAAAUGAAUAUAUCGGCGAGUGAAGCGAUAUAAUGAUUAAGAGUGAUGCGCGGUUCGUUCAAAUUAUCUAUAUUCAAUUUAUGUUGUUUUUCUUCGAUUUAGAAUAACGACAAGACGAAAAAUUAUUCACAGUGUUUGUUCGUGAUAGAACAAAUAUGAUAAUCCUGUAGAGUCUCGCACAAAGAGUAAAAUGAAAUGUCGAUCAGAUUAAUGUAGAUUUUAGACGGCUAUGUCUUUAUUUGAAAUUAUUUAAUUAUUCACAUCAUACGUUCCGUUAUAAUUAAUUAUGAAUGUUUCUGAUGGAUGAUUACAGAAAUAUUCAUAAUGCGUCUGAUGAGAGGUACAAUAUUAUGUUGACUUUAUUGCCCGCAUAACAUUUUGUUGUUUACUCGAGAUCAGAGGUGCAGAUUUAAUAUAAUUAAUAUAUAAUAAUUAAUAUAUGUUAUAUCAAAUAAAUGCGGGCGCAUUGCAAGUCUACUUCGAAACUAGAUUCUCUAAUUCGUCCAAGACUCUGGAGGAUUAUCAAUAUUAAGAAAAAGAUCCUGUGAUAAGAGUGCGACACAAAAUGUAUUGCUAUUCAAGGAGACAGUCGAUGGAAUCCACAGAAAAUCGUUAUUUUUAUAUGUUUAUUUUAUAUAAAUUGUUUACGCGCGUUUUUUGAGUUUCCAAUUGAUGUUAUAAGACAAAAUAUUCUGAAUUGGAAGCUUGCUGCACUGUCUCUACCACGCUAGGAGCUUCCGAACGUUUCGUUCCCUGAGACUAAUUAUUUUUUUCUUUUCUUCAUACAUUCAAGUACGUAUAUUUCGAGUAUUUCGUUAUAAUUAAUUUCAAGCUCAUCGUUUCUUUAUUUUCGGUUUUCGUUUCGCAAGCGCAUAUACUUUAGAUUUAUUUUGAAUGCACUAUGUGAUAAACCCGAUGCAAAAAAAAGAACAAUGGCGAACAUUUAGCCGGCGGAUCAUCGGAAUGUAUAAUUGUUUACUGUGUGUAACGGGGUAAAUCUUAUGUAGUAAACGCUCGCGAAAACCCUACUGUACUGUAUAAGCUAGACAAUUUUCAUUAUAAUAAAAAUAAAAACAAGAACUCGUACACUCGUACACAAUCACGUACACCGCUCUGUAGUCACCUCUAACGAUAUAAGCGCACGCAUGCAAUGUUAUAAGCAGCGACAUGUAUAUAAUGUAUAUAAUCACGUAAAUCAUUAAGCUAGACAAAUCCUACAUUUAUCUUUCAACAUUACGUAAGGAAAGUUAAGUUUAGUAAGUGUACACAGGCUGUCUUGCUCGUGUGGCCAACGAUUGUCGUAUCGCUGUUUCCUUAUUAACGAGGAACGAAAACGAUAUUUUUGCCGAACAUUUCCGAUGGUCUCUUUUUUCGCACGGAAGACAUUUGUGACGAUCUUUCUGUUCUCUAAUGCCGCGUCGACGCGGGGGAGCGCGUAGCAUGUGAGCUUUUUCGUUUUUCAUAUUGGUCUGUAAAAAAAAAGCAACGGAACUGUGCAAUCGAUUGUAAUUGUCGCGCGAUCGCUAUCCAAACGUGAUCGAACAUCGCGGGCCACAAUACUUUGAAAAACAGAUUUAAAAAAAAAUUAUCGACGGUAUAUCCAUGUUAAAUGUAGACAUAUUGAUAGAAUUUGUUCGUUUUAGGAUACUCUGAUCAAAAAAAAAUAUUAAUAAAUAUGAGAAUAACGUUUAAAGCAUUCGUAACCCUAAGACGUACAAGUGGAAGAAAGAUCCGUUUCGGAUCGUUCUGGCGAAAAAAAAGAAAAUCAGAUUUCUAUAUUGAUGUCUUUCAAGAGUAUGAAUUGUUCACGUUUUUUCGGAUGGUUCUUUCGUGAUAACAAAAAAGGCGUUCCGGCGCUGAUUGCGAGACCGCGGCUGAUUAACAAUAGCCUUCCAGUGGUAUUCAACGAGUCGAGAGAGAAACGGGAAUUAUCGAAUUAUAGACAGGCGCGAGGGUCACAGGCACGAAAGACACGACAGCGCGCGAGAAACGGCUACCACUGUUGUUAUUUUUGUAAGACCGCGGCUGACUUCCGGCGACCCGGGCGCGUCGCGACCAAACGGCCGUCGCGUCGCGUCGCUUUUUUCGACAUGGUGCUAUGCGACGAGAGAAAUUCUAUUGUAAGUCUUUUUCGAAAAUUUUAAACGGGCGUUGUUGGGUACCAGUGGGAUCUCUGGCGCGAUCGCCCGAAAGAACUACAUACACACAAUCUUAAGAUAGAUCUUCACGUCCAAGUCUGAUAAACGUAUACAAGAAACAAGAAGUUAAAGGGACUCCACGGGUUCUAGCGUAUGUAUAAAUUUAAGAGGAGAGGAGAAUAAUCGAGUGUACCGGAUAUCCGUUACGAUUGCGAUUCGCGGGUAAUAUCGCGGGGCCUCGUACAGCGGCGAGGAGGAGAGCGAAGAGGACGGCAAGGCGAACGUUGUCGAGUCUCCGCAGAGAGGGAAGGGCUUUUACGAGAAUACGUGCCAUAAAAGAAAAAAAAACUGAUUAGAUAGCGACUACGGAAUCGAACGAUGGCAAACGGUCGUUUGUACAUGGCUUUUGACGAGCCCGUUAAUAGUUCGAGAAACUAAAAGAAGGUAGACGCGAAUCGAGAAGAAAAAAAAGAGAAAGGUGUAUAAUAAUAACAAUGUGCAAAGAAUUCCACGUGGAAGAUUUUAUAUGAUUUUUCAUUUAUAUUCUGUUACCGCGAUUGUUUUGUAAAUCUCGAGUCCUUUUUUUUAGCGCGCAUGCGAGUGUACAGGAUAAACGUGUCGAUAUGAGUGAGUGAGUGAGUCUCGCGGGAAGAAUCUUAGAAUGUUUCGAGAAGAGUCUACGAUUGUUUUCGUUUUUUUUUUGCGAGUUUUCUCUUCAUUUUUGUAUACUUAGUAGAGCGAUUUUAGCAUAACCCUCGUUUUCCCACUUUAAUAAUAGUAAUUAUUAUGAUACAAAUAUUUUUUAUUAUAUGGGCAUUUCAGUUCCUAAGUUGGAAAUAAAAUAUCUACUAUAAAA